CUGCUGGAGCCAGUUGUUCGCGAUGCUGCGUCCGUGAUAGUGGUUGGUGUGCCAUGUGCUUUCAGUGUUAUUUUCAUGUCUCAGUGUUGUUGUGUGCCCUUCGUGGAUUAACAAUAUAGUGGAGGAUUAAACGCUGACCCAGCAUGUCCAGUUUUGGAGCGGUUCAAGGCUGCAGUCCGGAGGCGGGGGUGCCGGAUAUGACCGUCAUCUCGGACAUAGAUGAGGUCGGCAUCAACCGUAAUCUCCAGGCCCGCUACUCCAGGGACCACAUUUACACCUACACAGGAACUAUCCUGGUUGCUGUCAACCCUUACAAGGAGCUCAACAUUUACACCACGGAGCAUGUGUUCCAAUACCAUGGGCAGAAGAUGGGAUGUCUGGAGCCUCACGUAUUUGCAUUGGCUGAGUCCGCCUACAAGUCCCUGCAGACGGGUGACACCAACCAGUCCUGCGUGAUCUCGGGCGAAAGCGGUGCGGGUAAGACAGAGACCACCAAGUUCAUCUUGCAAUAUCUCUGCUCAGUGACCAGCAACGUCAGCACCUGGGUUGAGCAACAGAUCCUGGAAGCCAACACCAUACUAGAGGCUUUUGGGAAUGCUAAAACUGUGCGCAAUGACAACUCCAGUCGUUUUGGCAAGUUUAUGCAAGUCUGCUUCGACAGCCGUUGGAUGAUCAAGGGUUGUAUCAUCCAGGACUACCUGCUGGAGCAGUCUCGCAUCACUUUUCAGAGUCCUGGUGAAAGGAACUACCAUGUUUUCUACCAGCUGGUUGAAGGAUCAAAGGGGAACAAAGAGUUAGCUAGUCAGUUUAAGUUGAAGUCUCCUGAGUUUUACAACUACCUGAACCAGUCAGGUUGUAUCCGUAUUGACGGAGUAAGCGAUAUGCGUAAGUUUGAUGCUCUCAGGUUAGCCUUCAACGUGCUGAGGAUACCACUCAAUAUGUGCGACGGCAUCUUCAGUGUUCUGUCAGCGAUUCUAUGGCUUGGCAACACUAUGUUUGAGGACAUAGAUGGAGAGAAGUGCAAGCUGACAGAAGAAGAUAAUCAAGUCCUACUGACAGUGUCAUCUCUACUGGGGCUACAAAUAGAGGAUGUCAUCCAGGUUGCAUUAUUACGCCAAAUUAACGUGCGAGGAAACAUCACAGAAAUACCACUGAAACUGCAAGAGGCAAGAGAAAACCGACAUGCGAUGGCCAAAGCUUUAUAUUCCCGUACCUUUGCCUGGCUUGUGAACCAUAUCAACACCUGCACCAAUCCUGGACAAGACUCCUCCAGGUUCCUCGGAGUCCUGGACAUCUUUGGCUUUGAGAACUUUGCUGUCAACUCCUUUGAACAACUCUGCAUCAACUAUACCAACGAAAAACUGCACAAAUUCUUCAAUCAUUAUGUCUUUGCAUUGGAACAAGAAAUCUACCGUCAAGAAGAAAUCCAGUUCUCUCACAUUCAAUUCACAGACAACAGUUCAUGCCUGGAGCUGAUAGAGAAACCACCUCGUUGUAUCCUGAAAUUGCUCACCGAACAGUGCCAUAUGCCCAAGGGCUCAGACACAGCUUACCUAGUCAAUCUCCACACAGAGUUCGAGGGUCACCCCCAGUACGUGAAGGGCGAGGACAGGCGCAAGUGGGAGGUAGAGUUUGGUAUCGCGCACUAUGCAGGAACUGUCACUUACUGCAUCCAAGGGUUUGUCGACAAGAACAGAGAUGUGCAACAAGAUGUCUUCUUUGACUUCAUGAGCCGCUCCACCAACGAGUUUGUACAGGAACUUACAAAUUUCCAGGACUUGUUAGGUUCUACUGUAGCAAGGAUGGGGACAGCAGGCAGCACUAUGGCCAGUCGGGGGACGAGUAAAGGCAAGCCUACAGUCAGCGAUACCUUCAGGCAUCAAUUGCAAGCUCUGGUGGAGGUCCUUCAGGCAACAAACCCCUGGUAUGUAAGGUGUAUAAAACCUAACAUGAAGAAGUCUCCAAAUGAUUACAAUGAGAAGCUAGUACUAGACCAGUUGAAGUAUCUGGGUAUGCUGGACAUUAUAAGGAUACGCAAGGAAGGAUACCCAGUUCAUCUAACGUUUGCAGACUUUGUCGCCCGCUACCGCUGCCUCGCCAAGCAGAGGUUGCCUAAUUGUCCCAAGGAAGCUAUUAAGUCAAUAAUGAAGCUAUACUCAAUCAACCAGAAACAAUGGCAGAUUGGGAAGACCAAAGUUUUUCUGAGAGGCUGUGCUCACGAACCACUUGAAGACAGUAGGAAUCAGAUCAUCAACCAGAAAGCUCUUAUUAUUCAACGAACCUGGAGAGGCUACAAUGUCAGGAAAGAUUAUCGACAGAUCAGAGAUGCUACCCUCAGGAUUCAACAUGCCUACAGAGGAUGGAAACAACGUCUAAUAUUUAUCAAAAAGAGGCGAGCAACAAUUGUCAUUCAGUCACAUCUAAGGGGUGUGUUUGCCAGAGAGGUUGCAGCUGCCUUAAGGGAAAUGCGUCGAGUUGAAGAAGAAAUGAGAAAAAGAGAGAAACUAGAAGAAGAAAGAAAAUUGAGAGAAGAAGAGAUGAAAAAGAAAGCAGAGGAAGACAGGAAGGCACUGGAAGAAAGCGAACUCACCCAAUUCCAAGGAAUGAGUGACAUGGAUAGAGGAGCUGCACAAAAGGAAAUCGAUGCUCUGUCCCAAAUCGCCGAGCAAUUGAACUCAAAAUUGUUGGAGACACAAGCUCCCGGUGAAUCAGUUGACCUGGACAACCUGUUCGCUUUCUUGUCGGAUGUUCAGACUGGGCGGAACCACAUAAUUGAUGAAAUUGGAGAACGCAUGGAUGAGCUUGUCACUGAUCUGGAUGUAGAGUUGGAAUCAGUAAUACAGCAGGAGUUGGAAGGUUUAAAUAACGCGAACGAUGGGCCUAAUAUACCUCCUAACAACCUGGACUUGAGUCGUACAGCCCCACCAAAGCUGAAGCCUCCAUCACUGCCGGAGCCCACAGAGCCCCCGCCACCCCCACCUCUGGUGGAGCCCACAGGCACAUCCGAGCCCAUCUACGAGUCUGUGCUGCCAAGAGCUGAAGACUCCUCACCACCCCCACUUCCUGCCCCACCACACAAACUGAGGCCCAAGUCUCCCAACGUGGAGAGGAUACAGAGAGUUAACGGCUCCCCUACUAUUGGCUCUCCUAGACAGAGUAGACCCAGCUCCAGGAGCUCUAAUGUGUCCACGGGAAUGCAGACAUCUUAUUCUUGGAAGUACAACCAAGAAGAUCCGGAACGUGAACAGAGGAGAAAGUUUAGAGUAGAGAAAAAGCUUCAAGAAAUGGAAGAACUCAAGGACAAAAACUUAGAUCCCCUUCAAGAGGCCUACCAUGAUAUCGUGGAAUUUGCUCAAAAAUAUUUUAACUCUCAUGAAAGAACACCUGAAGGUACAAUAAUAGCAACACUGACAAGGAAGAGCAAGUCAGUGGAGACUAUGCCCAAGUAUGAGAUGGUCACCUACUACAAGGGCACUACCAUCCCUAACUCUCACAUACACAUGUACGACCCUGACAACAUCAGUGUGGCUUGCUCCAUAUUUAGGGAGCUCUGCAAGUACAUGCGAGCUGAGGUGAUGAAACCAGAAAUGGAGUCUCAAGUGAUCCAGACCAUCAUUGGAGCAGGGCUGGAACGUGAGGAGAUGCGUGAUGAGAUCUAUGUACAAUGCAUGAGACAGGCCACCAACAACCCAAGCCCAGAAGCCACAGAGAGGGUUUGGCUGCUACUAUGUCUAGCCAUUGUCGCCUUCCAACCCACCAAGAACCUGUUUAAGUAUUUUGUGUGCUUUCUACGCAAAAACCUAAUGGCAGAGGGCAAACUCCGCCAGUAUGUGCAGUGGUGCCUCGAUAACUGCAAGAACACCAAAGUCACCUGUCGCCAGCACCCUCCCUCCAAAGUAGAAAUCGCUGCAAUGAAGAAAUUGGGAACAAUAGUGUGCCGGUUUUUCUUCUUGGACGGAAGAACGAAAGCCAUAGACGUCCACCCCACAGACACAGCAAGUGAUGCUGCGGCUAAGUUAGCAGAGAAGCUGGGUCUCACUAACCUGGAUGGUUGGGCUAUCUACCAGAGCAGGCCUGACGGGGAGGAACAUGUCAGGGCUCAUGACUAUCUUUAUGAUGUCAUCGCUGCGUGGGAAAUCAAACAAACGAAAGCAAAUGCACCGACAUCAUCAUUCCCCACCUUAAGUAAGAGAGGAAGUGCACCUACGUUGGGAAGUGGCGAGAAUAGGUUCCUGUUCAAGAGAAGGUUGUUCAGAAAUACAAGAGAAAUAUCACUUGAUCCUGUGGAAGUCAAUCUUCUGUAUGCCCAAGCUGUUUACCAUGUGGUCAAGUGUGACGACUUCCCAGUGAGUGAGAAAGUGGCAUUGCAGCUGGCUGGUCUACAAGCUCAAGUUAAUCUGGGAGACCCUAAGGACAGCAAGACACUGGAGUCUUAUACUGACAUCGAGAGUUACCUUCCAUACAGAGUCAGUCGUAGCAGAGGAGAAGACGUCUGGGUACCAAUAAUUGCUCAAGCCCAUCGGCAGUACGGAACUGGAAAGACAAGUCUGACAGCGAAAGCACUGUAUCUCUCCUGUGUUAUGCAGUACCCUCUCUAUGGAACUACCAUGUUCCAAGUUACCUACAGAGGGUAUUGGUCAUAUGGGAACAGCCUGAUACUGGGAGUGAACAGUGAGGGUCUUAUGUUGAUCAAGCCGGACGAUAAGUUUAUCCUGUAUGAGUUCCGUUACCAGGAUGUGGAGUCAAUAUUCCUGGACCCUAGUGAUAGUUUCCUCACAGUGAACCUCAUGAGACAGCACGGAGACAAUGGCUCUCACCGCUGUUUUGUCUUUGAGACUCCACAGAAGUCAGAGAUUGGCUCCCUCAUUGUCAGUUAUUGCCCUGCUCUAGCCGGGUGGAUAACGGAAAACGAAGUUCCUGUGAAAGCUAUAACCAAUGAGGACAGGAUAAGACUGUAUCACAAUGUCGUCAACUGCAGGCGAGCUCUGGUGGACAGUGAGACACUCAGGAAACCACAAGAAACCAGUGGAGGUUUUAUAAGGAAUACUCUUCGUAGGUUAAGUAGGCAUGGGCUGGAGAAGCUGAGAGCAGACUAUGGCGGUGUGUCCGAGGUGUACAAAGGUUUCUCGCUGAGCUACUGGGCAUUUGGACGUCAACCCAUGACACAGAGCCUGGGAAAGAUGCCAGAACCUGAAGAACAGAUAGCCAUCCAAAUGUACCAAAUCAUACUCACCUAUGCAGGACUUGGACAGAAUGGUGAAACAGUUCGGCGUGCAGAGGAUGAACACAUCAACCUGAUCCAGAAUGUGAUGGAACUUGCAAUGAGGAAAGAGAACCUACUGGGAGAGCUGUACCUCCAGUUGAUAAAACAGACAACUGAACAUCCUGACCCCAACUCCCGGGUCAACUUGAGGCAUUGGGCACUGUUGUCCUUGGCUUGCUCUGUGGUGCUGCCCCCUCAACGACUUAUCCGCAAGUAUCUCAUUGCUCAUCUCAAACGCUGCGCCAGUGACUGUGUCACCGAAGAGGGCAAGUACGCCAGGUUUGCUGAAAAGUGCCUUUACAAGACACAAGGAACCCGCAGGCGUCAGUGGCCACCAUCCAGAGAGGAGAUUAUGUGUACAAUUAAUCGUCGACCAAUCUAUGCUCGCUUCCACUUCAUGGAUGGCCAAUACCACGCUGUUGAGUUUCAUCCAUCGGCCACUGCCAAGGAUGUAAUGGAACUCGUAAAGGCGAAAAUUGGCCUCAGGGAAUCUGCAAUGGGAUAUGCUAUAUAUGAGGUGCUGGGUAAUUCAGAGAGAAGUCUUGUGGCAGAGGAGAAGGUGGCUGAUGUUAUGUCUAAGUGGGAAAAGUACAGAAACGCCAAUUCAGGCCACCCGAACACUAACGGCCAGCCUAAUAAACCUGUGCGCAAACAGCAUCAUUUCUUCUUGUUCAAGAAACACCUGUUCCUUGACCAGUACAUGGACCUAGAUGACCCUGUGGAGAAGGAAUUGCUGUACCAUCAGGUGCUCCAUGGUCUACGUUCAGACAGGUUCCCAGUCACCGAGGAUGAGGCAAUGGUUUUAGCUGCUCUUCAGGCGCAGGUGGAAGCAGGAGACUUGGAAGACAAUAUUGUCGACUACAGGAUAGUAGCAAGUCACUGCUUGCCGACUAGGAUAGUCCCGAACAUCUCAUAUGAAGGAGUUAUGAAGCACCAUCAGAUACUGGCAGGCAUGACAUCAGCGGAGGCUAAGAAAGCGUUCCUCAACCUGAUCAGGAGCUGGCCUCUACACAGAGCCACCAUUUUUGAUGUUAUGCAAUCGUUCACGAGUAACUGGCCAAGAGUGUUGUGGCUCGCAGUGGACCAGAUGGGUCUUCACCUGCUGGAGCAUCGGUCCCGAAAUGCCCUGUGUAGUUAUGAGUAUGAAAGCAUCCUCACAUACUCACCAGCUCUCAACUGUCUAAUGAUCAUCACCGGUAGCGACAAGAAACAGAGCAAAGUCAUUCUAACCACUUCCCAGGCAUUCCAGAUUGCAAAUCUAAUUCGAGAGUACACAGAGGUACUGCAGUCCCCUCACGAAGUGCGUAAGAGAGAGGGCAAGAAGAAGGGGAACAACGCAAAUACCCGCCCGGUCAGCAUCCUGCACAAACCUGCCCCAGUGAUAGAGCCUCAGCCCAGCUAAGGGUUACCCACCCCAGGGCAGGCCAAGGCCAAGAGACAAUGCCUCAACUGUCCUUACAAUCAGGUCAAAGUCUAAGUCAUCCGUCACUGUUCGUUAUUAGUUGCUUCUUGUAAAGUUUAUCGAAUAUUGUUUAGUAAUUUAUAUAGUAGGAAUUUAACAUUAAUGAAUUUGUGAUAAAUAUAACUUGUAUAAAAUUGUUAGUGAAUGCCACGCCACAGUGGAUGCUUGACCUUGUAUUAUGUUUGUUUUGUAUAGAGAUUGAGAUGAUAUAACUCAUCUUUAUUUAUUGUGUACAGUCGAAUUUCACUAAGUGUUCUUUGUUUAGUUGUAGAUUGCUCACUGCUUAUUGCCGUUGUUUUACUAUGGGUGGUUUGAAUCUCGCUUAGGAAUUCUAUAAAAGAUGUAAAAACAGUUUUAACUAACUAACAAAUGUUGGGCUUGACAAUUUAUUCUUGCAUAACAACUCACAAUCCAUAUAAACGUAAGACUUACUAUGAAACUUUAUGAUUACUAACAUAAUGUACAAACUAUAUGUAUUGUUAAAAAUGCUGCCAAUUUGCAUUUCAAAACUUGCUUUUAAGCAGCAAACUUAUAACGGAUGUUAGUUUAUAAAUAAUUGUUUUGUUUAAUGGAACAUUUACUGAAUGAAUUUAGUUUAGUCCUUGUAUACCAAAUAAUGUUAUUUUAUUAAUGAUAAAGUAUUAAUAACUAAUUAAUAGGUGAGAAAUUAGUUAAGGAAACAUUUCCUUUCAGAUUCUUUUAAUGAUUUGACUAAAAUUAUUAUUAUAACUGUUAAACAUAGGUAAAAUUGUUAAUUUCCCAAGUUUUAAAGACUUUUACAAACUUAAAUGAAUACUUUGUGUGCCGUACUGCAUUACGACAGAUACUCUCUGUAGUUAGCGAAAGAAUGGCUUGUGAUGGAAGGAUAGCAACAAGUAUUGAGGCUUCUGUCCCGUGGUGCUGCUUGUAUUGUUGUAAGACAUAUGUCACAUUGCCAUAUUUUACAACUUAUUACAACAUUGAUAGUAUAAGUAGUAUAUUUAUUACUUCUGAACCUUAGACUAUAUGCAUAAGUAAUUAAUAUUAGAUGUCUGGCAUUUUUAUCCUAUAGUACACUAAUAAAUACUAUACAUUUUUGAUGAUGUAAUUAAUUUAUCAAAUGUUUUAAAACUGUAAGUACUGUACAGCAGUUGAAUUGAAUGUAAAUUAAUUUGUAUUCAAUUGCAAUAGUAUCUGCAUAAACUUGUACACAUCCAUAUAUUUUAAAAUUAUUGUGUUGAUAUUCAGUUUAGUGUUUAACUUUAAAGUACUGGAUAGCCUGUUGUCAAUGAAACAAAUAAAUAAGGAGAAGACUGAUAUUUAUAAAAACUGGCAUAUUAUAUACUUGAAAAAUAUUUAAAUCUGACUCAUCCAUACAAAACUUUUUAUUGCAAAGUAGUUAUUAAUUCCUGAUUGUCCUAAAUCUUUUAUAAAUGUAACCAUUACCAAUAUAAAUUACGAGGGCACAAGCUAGCUACUGCUUGUGUGUCUGAGGCCACACUUGUAAUAUGCAGCUAAAUUUUAAAACUGUGCUAUAAACAUAAGCUUGUCUCAAAUUUAAAAAUUUUACUAACAAUUUUUUAAAUAUACAGCUAUCUGUUAUUACUAAUUGUUUAUCAUUUACAUUUAAUAUAGGGUUUACAAAAAAAAUAUAUGUACAGUAUAUUGAUUUUUGCUUUUAGAUUGGGAUAAUCCCAAUAAGAAUUUUAAUAAAAAUUUAGAAUUAAAAACUGAACACUAUAGUUCUUUGAAAUUCACAGCCUAUACUUCAAAUGAUAUAAAUUUAGCUAUAAACAUACAUAAAGUAGGUUUCAUAACUUAUAUCUGCCUGAAGAGUACUGUUACUAGGAUGGCUAAAGACAGCUAAUACACUGUAACAAGGUGUCAUAUAUGUACCAGUAACAUAAUGUGGUUUAAUGAGCAUUACUCUAUUUAACAAGACACAGGUGAUAUCUUGAGAGAUUCUAUCUUAUUUACAUCAUAUUAUACUGUUAUGAAGUAAUUCAAAUAAUUCAUCACCUCUAUUCAGUAUACUAUAAAACUAUUUUGUUAGGCUUCACAGAAAAAUUAGGUUCAUAUGUUUCGAACCUAAUUUAAAUAUAACAUUUGUACAUCGGAAGUAAAGUACUGUAUACAAUAAAUUGGAAAUGUUCAAGUAAAGUUUUAUAAACUGCUGUACAGAUUUACAUAUUCCAUAUUAGAAAUUCCUUUAAAUCAUACCUUGACAUUUUCCAAGUUAGUUGAUGAUAUUUACUAACAAAGUCUAUAUAAUUUAGUAUCGUACAAGUUUAGCUUCUUCCCAUACUAAUAUAGCUCAAAUGAAUGUGUAAAUAAUGUCUUAAAUAAGUAAUAUACAUUUAUUAAUGUAUUUAGAAAAGUGGCAAUGAAUUAACAUCAUCAAAAUUUGAUAUUCUCAGAUCUCUAGCGUGUAAAUGUUAUUUACUGUUUAUUAGCUAAGUAUUGCCAGAUUCACAAGUCUAACUUUGUAAUGUAAUCUCAUGUGGAAAUAUGAGAUAAUAUGGUAUUAGUUUUACAUGUUUUAUAUGGAAAGAUACCAAACAUAAGACUGGUUAGAUAUAAAGGAUGAAAUGCAUUUUACAAUAUUAUUAGUACUAUUUUUGUUCAAUGAAUUGAAAAAUAAUUCAUAUUAUUAAAUUUAUGCUAAGUUAUUUUUAUACUGAAAAAUAGUUUUUCAUUGACUAAAAAAGCAAUUUUCCAAGCAAUUAUAAAUUUAUAAUUUUAAUAUUGGUAGUUUCUUUUAUUUUCAUAUGUUUAUUACCUAAGCAAUGUUGGUUGGACUGGCCAUUGCUGAUUAUAAAAAGGGUUUGUUUAUAAAAGUAUUAAUAACUGGAUGCUUCAAUUGUUAGUAAUAAAAACUCUUAAUAGUGUUUAAAUGUAAUUUAAAAUUAGUACUAGAGAGUGAGGAGUUGAUGUACUUCACAUUAUUACCUACAGCCAUACUUUCUUUCAUUUAAAUAAUUAUUUUGAUUUUUAUUAUUACUAUAGCAAAAUUAAAAUAGAAAGCUUUUAAUAUUAAGUCUUAAUGUAUACAUAAUGUUUUUGGUGGAGUUGUUAGAGCACAAAUUGCAUUUUGGUAAACAGUUUUAUUGUAAGGGAUACAAACCCUACUUAACAAUUAAUUUGAGCCUCUAUACCCCUCAGAAAUAGAAAUUGUGAUUUCUUGGUUAGAUACCCACAUCCGCUUAGGCUAUGGAGGAGUCAGGAUUAUAAGGAUUUAUAACUAUAGAAUAGAGUCUAUUGCAGAUUAGUUCAAUAUUACAAUAGCAUGAUGUUUUGACAAUUUAACCUUUUUAGGAUAAACAUUUGAUCUGUUAUCUGUUCAUUAAUACAAAGAGAAUUAAACAGAUGGUCCAUCGCCCCAAACAUACCGAGCCAUUUAUAGCAAUUUUCAUUCAGUGAUUACAAAAUGUGAUAACUUUGUUAUUUAUUGGCCAUUUUUAAUAAUUAUGUUUUUGUUUUGUACAAAAAUAUAAAUAUUAAAUUUGAUGUACUCAGAACAUUCUUAAAAUAUACAAAAAUUAUCUUAAAAUAUAAAAUACCGUAUUUAUUUUUAGGGCUCAUGCUCUAAGAAGUACUUAAAAAAAAUACUAUACUCAUUGAUAUCAACUCACAUUAAAAGAACAUUUUAUUUUCAAAUUAUCUACUAAGUUUUAUCAAGUUAACUUCAAAAAUAAAAAUAUUAGGGUAUUUAAGUUUAAAAAAAAGUAUGUCCAUUUUGGUUGUUGAAUGUUGUCACUGCUAUUGAUUGAUCAGCUGUGCAUGACACUUAACCCAUUGUAGAUCUCAGACGAAAUAUCUUAUCAUGUAGAAGCUGGGCUUAGCUCAGGUCACUGCUCGCAACCUCAGGCCAUAAAAGUGAUAUGCUUUUAAUUUUUUUCUCCUAUUAGUUCUAAUAAUGUAUUUUAGACUGCAUAAUUAUCCUUAUUAGUUUUCUAAUUAAAAAAAUGGCUCUUCUUUAGACUUCUCAAACACGUUUGUAAAUAUUUUUAAAUUAACAGCAACUAGUUUCACAAAAUUUUAGUAAAAACUAGUUUUUGAGAGUGUUUAACUUACUACAUUUGCAAAAUUAAACUGCAAAUGGUAGCACAACAAACAUUUCAUGAAAUCGUAUAUUAUAUACCUUUUUCAAAUACAUAGACAAAACUUGUCUAAUUUAUAUAAAAUAAUCUAGUUAAACAUACAAGUAAGUUGAGUAUAAACAAUGUACAGUUUGGUGCGGCACAGCAUUACUGUCCUGCUGCUGAUGCUCAACUUACUCGUAAUUCGUACCCACUGGUAUGCAUAGAACCAAACAAACAGAUCUACAUAGGGUUAAUAGAAAGAACAUUUACUGUUAAUGUGCACUGAUAUAAAAUAUACUUAAAAAUAUAAAAUUCUACAUUUUCACUGUACUUUUUUUUAAAUGUCCGGUUGCCUGGACGUUGGCACUUUAUGCAUGUUUUUAAAACGUCCUGGUUUUUAAUACUUCCUGUUCUAAAACGACUUUCAAUUUUGAUUUGUUCUAAUCUAAAUUAGGCUUGAUAAAAUAAUUUUUCUAACUAUAGCAACAAACAAACUACUCUACAGUUUGUCCCUCAUAUAUAUAAUUUACCAGCUGUUGGUUUAAAAAUACCAAAUAGAACGUAAAACACCAUCUGAGCAGCAAACAUUUAACUCCAGCACUGAAACAAUAAGAUGCUCAUUCCUCUUAUAAUUAAAAAAUUCUAUUUAUAUAUAAAAUCAUUACCAGUAUGUUAAAUGUUUUUAGGACUCUACACUACUCCAACUUUAUUUCAAUAUUUAAAAAAUAAUGUUUUAAAUAAUUUAAAUACGUUUUUCAGUCAAUGCAAUAUGGUCAUGGAAUAGGCUAGAAAGGUUUUGUGCUUUUUCAUGUUAUGUAGGUUAUGCAACUACCAACUAAUUAUGCAAUCAUAGACUUUGUGUAGUGAUUAUUGUAAUUAAUAGGUUAUUUAUUGUAAUAAAUUGUACGUAUUUUAAUUAAAUUAUUUAUCAUGUACACAAAUGAUAGGAAAAUUUCAGUACAGCAUAUUUUUAGGAUUAUUCAAGUUUUACAGUGAAGGUUUAUUGUACUUAAAAAGUUUCUACAGAUGUAUUGUGUUACAUAUUGUUGCUUUUUGUAAAUGUUUUGUAAAGUUGUCUAUUUAAGAAUGCUGUAAUAUUAUGGCAUUCUUAUGAUUGUAAAUAUUUUGCAUAUUUCAUUAUUUAACCUUCUUUCUUUAGGGUAUUCCAUUUUGUAAAAUGUUAAGGCAUAUUGUCAAGAUGGUCCUUUAUAUACAUAAUAUGAUAAGUAAUGUUAUGAUAAUCGUGACCAAAGAUAUAAAGCUGUCAAAAUAAAUAUCACUACAAUCAGCA